UCCGAUUCCUCUCUCUCUCCCCCACCUUGUCUUCCAUUUCUUCUUCUUUUUUCCUUCACUGUCCAAAUCGAUCUCUCUGACCAAAAAUUAGGGUUCCUAAUUUCAUAUUUUAUUACGCAAAUCACCAAAUAAUUGUGCAUUAAUUUGAAAUCCCAUCUAAAAAUUCUUCCUUUAUUUCUAGUUACUGAGUAUAAUUAUGGAUAUGAAUGGCGGAAGAAGAGUUUAUCACAGACUCGGCCAGUCGGCUUCGAGUGGAUACAGUGAUAAUAAGCAGCAGAAAGUAUGUUACCAUUGGAGGCAAGGCAAGUGCUCGCGCUUCCCUUGUUCGUUUCUACAUAGCGAGUUACCGGGGGCGAACAAUGGGGAAUCGUCAAAGCGGGCUCACCAGGGAUUUGAGGCGGACAGUAGUCAGGGCGGCGGGUUGCGGCGGAGCCGGAAUUCUAAUUUUAAUAAUACAUGGGGUAGAGUGCAAGGACAAGGUGGUGGCAGUAGUAGUAAUAUGGUGGUUAAGAAGAUGGAGAAAUUGUGUAAUCAUUGGUUACAAGGUAACUGUAAAUUUGGAGAUAAUUGUAAGUAUUUACAUCAGUGGUCUACCGGGGAUUGCUUUUCUCUUUUGACUCCACUUGAAGGCCACCAGCAGGUUGUUACUGGGAUUGCUUUGCCCAUGGGACUGGAUAAGCUUUACACGGGGAGUCAAGAUGAGUCUGUUAGAGUUUGGGACUGCCAAUCCGGUCAGGUUGUUGGGGUAGUGAAUGUGGGAGGUGCGGUAGGCUGUAUGCUAAGUGAAGGCCCAUGGCUAUUCGUGGGUUUGACUAAUCUUGUCAAGGCAUGGAACAUUCAGACAUCUACAGACCUAAGUUUAAAUGGACCUGUUGGACAAGUAUAUUCCCUUGUCAUUGGCAAUGAUAUGCUUUUUGCUGGUACGCAGGACGGGACCAUAUUGGCAUGGAAAUUCAAUGUAGCCACUAACUGUUUUGAGCCAGCUGCCUCACUUAAGGGUCACACUCUUGCUGUUGUUACCCUAGUUGUUGGAGCUAACAGAUUGUACUCUGGUUCCAUGGACCAUUCUAUAAGAGUAUGGAACCUUGAAACUUUGCAGUGCCUACAAACUUUGAGAGGACAUACGGAUGUUGUGAUGUCUGUAUUGUGUUGGGACCAGUUCCUUUUGUCAUCCUCACUGGAUAAAACAAUCAAGGUUUGGGUGGCAACUGAAAAUGGGACCUUGGAAGCAACUUAUACCCACAUCGAGGAACAUGGUGUGCUCACACUUUGUGGGAUGCAUGAUUCAGAAGCCAAACCAGUUUUAUUUUGUUCCUGCAAUGACAAUACCAUCCGCGUUUAUGAUUUGCCAUCUUUUUCGGAGAGGGCAAAGAUUUUUUCAAAGAAAGAGGUUCGAGCCAUACAUAUUGGUCCUAGUGGUUUGUUUUUCACUGGUGAUGGAUCCGGUCAAGUUAGGGUAUGGAAGUGGUCAGCUGAAUCAGUUGCCAUAUGAUAAGAUGCUAAUUAUAUCUAUUUGUCAUGUUGUCUCUCUUUUCUGUAGGCACCUCUAAUUUUUAUUCUUUACCAGAAUAGAAGUUUAUAGUGUGGGAUAUGUGAUGAAAUAAGAAUUUUGUAGUUUCAUUUUUGUUUUCAACUUUUCUCUUGUUAUUUUAUGUAUUAAUUCCCUUGUUCGGGAGAUGUCACUGUUACCUUGUAUUGUAAUUAAUGUUAUAUCUUGCAAUGAAGGCAUGUCUGGUAAGCCAUAUUGGUGUCAUUGAUGAUUAA